GCUGUUCCAAGAUGGUCCCCAAGGCAUCUAAGGCUGUCAAGUUGGAGAGGCUCAGCCAGCCAGAUGGGACCUUUUGAAAGUCAUCCACACCAAGACCUACUCCAAAAGACUCAGGGCUUCCAGAUAUGAAGAGGUGAGGUAAAAAUGGAAAACUGUGUCACGGAGUAAUGGCAGUCAAGUCUCACCCUAUGAUCGCCUCCAUGACAAAUCUCACCACGGCUCCUUGGGAGUCCAGUCCUACAGUUCCUGCCAAUGUGGGCAUAGUUACAAGCUCCCAGUCACAGAUCAAAGACCUUUUUGGUUUGUUCUGCAUGGUGACCCUUAACCUGAUUGCUUUGUUGGCCAACACUGGCAUGAUGGUGGCCAUUGCCCGUGCUCCUCACCUAAAGCGAUUUGCGCUGGUAUGCCACCUCUGUGCAGUAGACCUGCUGUGUGCCAUUCUCCUCAUGCCACUGGGGAUCAUAUCCAGUUCCCCGUUUUUUGGCACGGUUGUGUUUACUGUUCUGGAGUGUCAGGUUUACAUCUUCCUCAAUGUUUUUCUCAUCUGUUUGUCUAUCCUCACAAUCACAGCCAUCAGUGUGGAGCGUUAUUUCUAUAUUGUACAUCCAAUGCGUUAUGAGGUCAACAUGACCAUCAACCUUGCUGUUGGUGUCAUGCUCCUUAUCUGGGUUAAGUCCCUGCUCUUGGCUUUGGUCACACUGUUUGGAUGGCCAGCUUAUGGCAACCAGAGCUCAAUUGCUGCAUCUCACUGUUCUCUUCACGCAAGCCACAGCAAUCUGAGAAAAGUAUUUGCAGUGCUCUUUAGCGUAGGUUGUUUCCUUGUUCCUGUGAUGGUUAUUUUUGCCGUUUAUUGUGGCGUAUACAAGGUAGCCCGUUCAGCAGCUCUGCAGCAAGCCCCUACUCUGCCAACGUGUGCCAUUACAAGCCCUGCCAAGAAUCGCUCAGACUCCAUCAACAGUCAGACCACGAUGAUUAUCACUGCCCGCUCCCUCCCACAAAGACUAUCUCCAGAAAGGGCCUUCACUGGAGGCAAGGCUGCCCUAACCUUGGUGUUUAUUGUAGGCCAGUUCUUGGUGUGCUGGUUGCCUUAUUUCAUCUUCCACCUGCAGAUGUCUCUGAGUGGCUCCAUGCAGAGUCCUGGAGACUUAGAGGAGGCCGUCACCUGGGUAGCCUACACUUCCUUUGCGGUUAACCCAUUCUUCUAUGGCCUGUUGAACCGACAGAUUAGAGAUGAGCUGGUAAAGUUUCGACGAUGCUGUUUGGCGCAGUCUGGGGAGUUUGGGCCUCCCAGCCACGAGGGGUCACUUCAGGAGAACUUCCUCCAGUUCAUACAGAGAACCACCGGCACAGCUGAAACACGCAAUAACUGUGGCAAGUCCAGCCCCAGAAACACUAUGGACCACAGCAUCAAGAUCCCUGGACAAAUACCCGAAGAACACACUGAGAAAUGAGAUAUUGUGUUAUGAACAUCAGUACUAACAUAGACGUUGAAUGUUUAAAUACUUAGCUUGUUUCUGUUUAAAAUGACCAAUACUUUAAUUAAAUGUU